CUCGCAAACUUGAAGAAAUAGUAUCUAAAUCGAGCUCACGAUGAAACUGAAUGUGAAUUGUAAACUGAAACUGACACAGAAACUGAAACUGAUGCUGUGCAUUUGGUGGGUGAGCAACAAUUGUCUGGUAUUGGAGAUAUGCGCUCAUUGCCUUAGGGAAACACCGAGGGCAACGGAGGUAGCAUCGACUAGCAGUACACUCCACAUGUGGCAGCCGCGGUAUCCCACUGGCUCUGAGUCUGACACUGGCAGCUGCAAUCGACCAACAACUUUGAGGCUGGCAGCUGACAGCAAUGUGGCAACGUCCCAGCUCAAUGACAAUGCAACAACCCAGACAGCCGCAUCUCCCGUGGUGACUCUGGCCAAUUACGUCUAUCAAUGUGCCGCCAAGCGUGAGUCAUCUCCAUCUAAGCCAAGUACCAUCAGCAGCAGCAGCAGCAGCAGCAACAGCAUUGAUUUGGGCAUGUCCAUUAACGAAUUUCAACUGCAGCCAUUGCGUCACCAGCAACAGAUGACUGUACCAGCAAUUGUCUUACAAUUGGCUAAGAGUUGGGAGUUUAAGUAGACUUCAAUCAUAAUAUUUUCUUAAUAUUUAUAUUUUAUAAAUGUGGUUAAUGUUAAAGACAUAUUCAAUCGCAACCAAAUAAUCUGAUUGAUUAACUGACA